AUGGACCCUUCUUCCGGCUUCACUCCCAAGAAAGCCCUUGCCAGCUGGACGCACGCCAAACUCUUACAGAACUACACCGAGCUUUACGCAGAGUACGACAAGUACGCACAGCUCGCCGCGCAGUUCGACGGCCCCAGAUUACCCUUUGGACGAGAGCGCAACCUUCACAAUCUAGUAAAUGCGCGAGCGAAGGUGGAGCAUGAUAUCAAAAGGCUGAAGGGGGCGUACCAAGAAGAGCGUAUGAGACUAGCGUAUCAGAAUCUCGAUGCGAAGCUCCGUGAGGCACUCGAACAGAGUCGAGACACAUUGGCAGCUGUCUUGGACGAAGAUCGCCGUCCUGCGCCGGACAAGCUCAUGAAAGAGAAGGCAGAGUUGCAGAAUGAGAAGAGCGGCCUGUUGUUGCAGUUACAAGACUUGUUGGAAAAGUAUAAACAGCUGGAGAAGCAGAAGCAAGGGAAGAACGAGGGCAACAGUGGUAGCCUAGAUGAAGCAGAAAGAGCCAGGGACCGGUUGCAGGGUGAGCUUGAUUAUGCUCGGGCAGAGUGUGAAGAGUUAACACGGAAUGUAAAGUUCCUUGAGGAUGCGCUGACACUAGAGCCAUAG